AUGGCAUCGUCAUCAUCAGCUUCUCCUUCCGCUCCUGCUCUUUCUUCAAAGUGGUGGAAGUACGGUGUUUUUCUAAGUUUCAGAGGAGAAGAUACUCGUAAUACUUUUGUGGGCCAUCUCUACUCUGCUCUUGAACAAGAAGGUAUCUACACUUACAAAGACGAUGAAACACUUCCCCGAGGAGAAUCGAUCCGCCCAUCCCUAAUGAAGGCUAUCGAAGAAUCACAGAUAUCUGUCAUCGUAUUUUCAAAAAACUAUUGUGAUUCGUCGUGGUGUCUGGAUGAACUUGCAUAUAUUAUGAAAUGCAGGGAUACGAGAAGCCAGAUUGUUAUGCCUAUAUUUUAUGAUGUGGAUCCCUCUGAAGUACGAAAACAAAAACGGAAGUACGCAGAAGCAUUUGCUAAACAUGAGUUGGAGAACAAAACCAAGGUUGAAUCUUGGAGAAAAGCACUUGUGGAUGCAAGUAAUAUUUCUGGAUGGGAACCCAAGCACAUCGCCAAUGGGGAUGAAUUAAAAGGCAUCAAACAAAUAGUUGGCGAAAUUUCACACAAGUUGCACCUAGUAACUUCAAGUGCUGAUGAAAACCUGAUAGGAAUGGAGGCUCGCUUGCAAGAUGUUGCACAGGAGUGUGUGGAUGAAGAAAGAGAGGAUGUUGUUGAUACUAAUUAUGAAGAAGUUGUUGAUAAUGUCCAUAAUUAUGGUGAAACAGAUGAGACAGGGCAUAUAGAUGACAAUGGCCACCCUCAUUUUUUCAAAAAAGAUAAUGAGGCAGACUGUGAGAUGAGUGACAAUGUAGGUGCAGUUGAACCUGUUAAUGGUGACACGGGGGAGAAUGAAGAUGAUGAGGCUGAUGUUGAUACUAAUUUGCCAAAUAUAUUCAAUGAAGAGCAACCCUGGAAGUUGCUAAUGAAAGGACACAACAAGACCACUUGUCCUCAAGUUAAAAGGCCUCCUAAGACUAAUGGUAGGAAACUAGAAAGUGUGAAACAAACACAAGGGUCAGUGAACAUGGAGAGGGAUGGUGAAGAUGUUGAAAUGGGUGACGUUGAUAGGGAAGAUGUUGAAAUGGAUGAUGUUGGUGGUUAA